AUGAGAGCCAGUAGUCCGUAUUGGCUGAUAUCCUCCUCAAACACAAUCUUGCACCAUUACUUAGCUACCCUAGUCAUACAAUACCUCUCCUUUGUUUUUAUUGGUUCUCCAACGCCUUUUCCUGCUACCUACGCUCGGGCAACGGAUCCCAAACAUUCGGAAUUUCACCAUCGCUGA